CUCAACCAAACUGUUGCCAGCUCUGUAUUUUCAGAAAAAGCCAAGUAUUGGUCAUUCCUGCGCACCGUGCAUUCCAAUAAAGAUACGGUCAGACUGAUUGUCUCCAUUUUGGAGUACAUCCAAUGGCAUUGGGUAGCCUUCCUCGGCAGUGAUGAUGCGUAUGGCAACGAUGGCCAGGAACUGUUCAUCAGGAUGAUCAAGGACACCCACAUUUGUCUGGCGUAUACCAGCAAGCUCAAACAAAGCUUCAAUUACUCUGUAACGUUCCAGCAGAUCAAAGCACAUCGGAUAACCACUAUUGUUGUUUUUGCUUCCAAAAUGACUGCCAAACAUCUAAUAGAGUCGGCGAUAGUAAGGGGCGUCACCAACAAGGUGUGGAUAGCGGGAGAAACCUGGUCCUUGAACGAGAAGCUCCCGAAGAGAAAAGAUAUCCAAAAAAUCGGAACGGUCCUAGGAGUGUCUCAACCCGUGUUGACCAUAUCUGGUUUCAGUGAUUAUUUGCUUACUUCCCAUAGCAAAAUUCAGUGUGACGAUGCAGGAGGAGGACAGCUUUGCGAUCAAAUUUGCAACUGCUCCAGCCUGAGUGCACAGGACAUCAUCUCUAUGGACCCCUCUUACUCGUUUUCUGUUUAUUCAGCUGUGUAUGCCAUCGCUCACGCCUUACACAAUGUCUUGCAAUGUGAUAAGGACACAUGUCACAGGAAUAACGCCGUCAAUCCCCAAAAUGUGGUUCUGGCAGAGCUGAAGAAGUCAAACUUCUCUCUUUUAAACCAGACUAUUAUCUUUGAUGAGCACGGGGAUCCAAAUUUUGGAUCUUAUUUUAUCGUCUUCUGGAACCAGAGUGGGGACAUAGAGGAGGCUGGGUUUUAUUAGUUUCCUUCCCCAAAUAACCUUUUUAUUAAUGACAGCAAGAUUCGUUGGCAUGGAAACGGGAUGGUUCCAAGAUCUCGAUGCUCUCAAGAAUGUCCUGUAGGAUUUGCAAAGAAACAAGACGGAAUUUACAAAUGUUGCUUUACCUGUGAGGAAUUUCCCAAAGGAACCUACAUCAACAUCACAGAUGAUCCGUACACGUGUGUGGCGUGCAAGGAGACAGAGUGGUCGACAGCAGCCAGUACUUCAUGCACUCAGCGACAGGUGCAAUACGCCUCAUUUCAAGACAUUAGUACCAUAUUGAUCUUGGUGGCCCUCUUGUUCUUUCUAGGCCUGGCGGUCACCAUGUGUGUCGUCUUUGCUCGUAACUACAACACGCCUGUCGUCAAGUCGGCCGGUGGCGUCAUGUGCUUCUUGAUUUUGGGCUGUCAGUGUCUGUGCUGUGUCAGCAUCGUCUUCGUCUUCGGCAAGCCUACCCACUUGUCGUGUGUCUUAAGGUACUGGCCCUUUUCUUUGUUUCACACUACAUGUAUCGCAUGUUUUACCGUGCGCGCUUUCCAGAUUGUUUGCAUUUUCAAAAUGGCCGCCAAGUUCCCCAAAGUAUACAGCUGGUGGAUGAAAUAUCACGGGCAGUGGCUGGUCAUUUUAGGGACGUUUAUGAUCCAGUCCGUCCUGAUUGCCAGUGCUUACGCUCAUUCCACCCCCAAGCCAUACAACGACACCUGUGACGUAAAUUAAGCAAGGGAGGGUGUUCCUAUGACUGUCUUGUCCGCUUUGUGCAUCAUCUGCUUCAUUUUCUUCUACAUGGGAAAAGACCUCCCCAAAAAUUACAACGAGGCCAAAUCCAUAACCUUCUGCUUGCUUCUGAUAGUUCUCUGCUGGAUCAUCUUUGCAACUGUUUCCGUGCUUUAUAGAGGCAAGUUCCUCCUAACCCUGAAUGCUCUGACAGUGCUCUCUUGCAUCUACUCCUUUAUUUUGUGGUAUUUCCUCCCAAAAUGUUACAUCAUCAUAUUUCAACCCCACAAAAACACAUAGCAGUACUUCCAAGGCCUCAUCCAGGACUACACUAAAACAAUAAGCCAGUAA